AUGUCAAGUCAAAAGAAAGUGCUUGUUGCUGUUACUUCUUACAACAAAAUUUUUUACAAAGAUGGUAAAAAAACAGGGUUAUUCUUGGUGGAGGCUUUGCACCCAUUCAAUGUGUUCAAAGAAAACGGAUAUGACGUUGACUUUGUGUCUGAAACAGGGACCUAUGGAUUUGAUGAUCAUUCUCUUGGUCCAGAUUUUUUAAACGGUAAAGAUUUAGAAGUAUUCAAUGAUGCUAAAUCCGAUUUCAACGUUCAUUUGAAGAACAUUAAGAAGGCUUCUGAGGUUAAUGCGGAUGAUUAUGGAAUUUUUUUCGCUUCUGCUGGACACGGUACUUUAUUUGAUUAUCCGCAGGCUAAGGUUUUGCAAAGUUUAGGAGAGAAUAUUUGGUCCAAUGGCGGUGUCCUAGCUGCAGUCUGCCACGGUGGAGCUAUAUUCGAUGGAAUGGUUGACAAAGCUAACGGCAAGCCAUUACUACAAGGUAAAUCUAUUACCGGUUUCACUGAUAUUGGAGAAGCUAUCUUGGGUGUCGAUGGAAUUAUGAAGGAAAAUGAAUUACAAUCUAUUGAAGAAAUGACCAAGAAAUAUGGCGGUAAGUACUUAGCCCCUAUUGGUCCCUGGGAUGAUUAUUCUGUUUCUGAUGGUAAAUUGAUUACUGGUGUUAAUCCUGCUUCCGCAAUUUCCACCGCAAAAAGAUCUCUUAUUGCGUUCGAAGCAAUAUAA